CAGUUAGAAGAAAUUUGGCCGGUGGAGGAGCUUCAGCUGGCAGGAGAGGAUGGGGACUGGGUAUUUGGCACCCCAUAUCUGCACUGUCCCUGUCCCUGGGAUGUAUGUGUCCAUCCCCAUGUCAUCUGAAUCUUAGGGAUGCUUUAGGGUUUGUGUAAUUACCUAUGGUUUUAUUGGUGAGGUGGCUGCUAGCAUCCCAUGUCACUGGGGCUCUCCCCUCUUGCUGGAGGUUUCUGGGCUAGGGCUGCAUCUCUUCCACUAUGGUUGUGCCUUGCAGCCUGGUGGGAUAGGGUCAGAGUAAGUCACUGGUCCAGCAGCAGCCUGGUUCUCAGCUUUGGGUAUAGCUUCAAAAUAAGCUAGCAGUGACUUACGCUGAAGCAGAAGUAUCUGGUACACUGUUGCCAGCAUCUAAAAGGAGAAACAGUCCAUAACCUAGGCAAGAGCAUCUCAGGUUAUGGGGGUUGUGUUAUCUGUUAGCCCAUUGUAGGCAAAGUGGGCAGCUUUUGUGCAAUUUCAAGAGACAGAAUCCCCACAAACUUCAUAAAAGCAAAGGUUAAAGAUGCAACAAAGUUUUUUGUUGUUUGGUGGUUUUUUUUUUCUUGGAUUGUUUGUGGUUUUUUUUUCCUUUUUUUCUUUAAGAUGAACAGGGGAAAAGCAUGCAGGAAAUUUAGGAAUCUAGGCAAGUACAGAGCUCCUUUGUUUUUAAUUAGCUGCGUUGUUUUUAAUUGCUACUAUGCUUGAUACAUAACCCAGCCUAAACAAGAAUAGCUUAUUGAAUGGAGGACUGACUAUGAAAGGCACUAAGAGAAGAAGAGCUGUUCUUCACAGUUGAUAUAUUUGUAUUUCAGUGCUUCAUUUAAUAAGUCUGUUUCCCCAGGGGGCUGUAGCAAGUAAAUCAUGCCAACAGAUUGUUCUCUGCAAACUGGCUUAUUUUUGUAAUUAGCAAAACAUUAAAGCUGUAACUGCAUAGAAAGCGAUCUGGGUGAGGAUUUAACAUAAAAGAAUUAGUAAGCACAAUGUAAUACUUACUCUUUGAUAACAUUUGUGUUGAUUGAAUUGGUUUCUGGACAGUUUGUUGUGUGCAGUGGUAAUCUUUUUUCUGCAGCAUCAUAAAAAGGGAGCGAGGUUCAGCAGGUGUGCACAGCAAGGGUAGCAAGGUGUGGUUUUCCUAGGGAGCCCGUUUUGGGAAUCACCCCUGCAUGGCCAGGUAGACCUGGUGGAGAAGCCUUGCUGGGGGUUAAAGCCAUCCUGCUCAUCACCAGAAACUGCCAGUAUUUCCCUUGCUUCAGUUUGUGUUUCUCCUUUGUUUUCCAGUUAUAUGAAAAGUACGGUGUCACCAUGAGUGGGGUAUUGAAAAGGAAGUAUGAAGAGCUGGGGGAUGACAGUACCUACUGCUCCUCCUCCUCCUGCUCCCCCCUCUCGUCUUCAGCGUCUUCAGGCUGGGAGACGGAUGAGGAGAGCUCCCGCGGAGAGCCCAAGCCUAGCUCUGCCUUAACGCCCAGCUUCACCCCCACAUCUAUCCUGAAGAAAUCCAAGCGGCUAAAGAAGAACAAUGUGGAGUUUGACCGGGUCACUGUGUUUUACUUCCCACGCUGCCAGGGGUUCACAAGCGUGCCUAGUCGCGGGGGCUGUACCCUGGGGAUGGUGAGCAAACACAGCUCCUCCCGGCAGUUCACGCUAGCAGAGUUUUCAAAGGAACAGGAAAACGUUCGUCGGGUGAAACUGGAAGAGAAAUUAAAAGAGGAGAAGUUGGAGGCAUUGAAAUGGAAACUAACCAUGAAUGGCACAAAGGAGUCAGAGGAGGCCAACCAGCUCACUAUUGAAGACAUCUCUGAUGAUGACAUCGAUGUCAGCAACGUGGACCUGGAGGACGGCUUCUUUCUCCAGCCCUACCCUGCCAAGAAGAGGCGUGCACUGCUGAAAGCCAUGGGGGUGAAGAAGAUCGACAAGGAGGAGAAGCGGGAGCUGCACAACAUCCGCCUGUCCCGGGAGGACUGUGGCUGCGACUGCCGGGAGGUCUGCGACCCAGAGACCUGCAGCUGCAGCUUGGCAGGCAUUAAAUGUCAGAUGGAUCACACCUCCUUCCCCUGUGGCUGCACCAAGGAUGGCUGUGGCAACACUGAGGGCAGGAUCGAGUUCAACCAGGCCCGCGUGCAGACCCACUUCAUCCACACCAUCAUGAAGCUGGAGCUGGAGAAGCAGCAGCAGAGUAGUGAGAAGGUGGCAGAGGCCGAGCCCCCCUUUCGGGAACGGCUCCCACAGUUGGGAUGUGCAACAGGGAAGGGCUCUUUGGAGGAGCGUGCAGUGCCGCUGGCACCCGCCUUCCAGUUCAGCCCUGACCUGGAGGCCUUGGGGGAGAACAGCUGCAGCAGUGACAUGACAGACUCCUCCAUCUCCUCCCACCCCAGUGAGGACCUGGAGGAGCCCUACGAGAGCCUCCCCUCCGACAAAUCCCAGUCGGAUGUGGAUGACGAUGGCUUGGCACGCAUCCUCCACUUCAACGACUCAGAUGCCGAGGAAGAGGGUGGCCAUGGUCAUGAUGACCUGAGCUGCUUCCACCCCACCGAUUUCUUCAUCGAGGACCAUGGUGAUGAGCCUAAGCCUGUCCCUGGCCACUUAUCCCACCUCUCCGAGUGCCUGGAUGAGAACGCUAACCAGGACAGUGGCAGUUUGCUGGAGGAUGCUGCUCAUGCACGGUGCGAUGGACUGUCCUGCUGCACCUCAUCCCCAGCUGAGCCCUGUUCCAGGAGCUACGCUGACCUCAGCCUUUCCUCAGACUCCUUGGAUUUCUUCCAGUCCUUCUCAGACUAUAAUUUGGGACCCCUUUACAACUCCUUGAAGGAGUACGAGAACCUCGAUAACUUCUCAGCGUUACAGUUUCAGUUGCCUAAUUUUCCAGGUUUCCCACAAGCUGGAGACCAGGGCUCCUGUUUCUUGGAGUCCCUUAUUGGUUUGUCCGAAUCUGUCCCUGAAACCCCAGCCCCUUUCACAGACAAUCAACUUUUGGAGGAUGCCAUCAAGUCAUCGCUGAUGGAGACGGUGAAAGUGUGAAAUGCUUGAGCAGCGAGGAACAGCCUGAAGGAAAACCGAAGUGGGCAAACUUGCACCAAAAGGAUGAUGUGUUACUCAAAAAUAAGGAGAAAAAAAUCAAACAGAAAAGGACUUUCUAAGCAAACAAACUAUUUUUGGUCUUUGUAGAACGUGGACGUUUUGACAUACUGCAGCUACAAUCAGUUCUCUCACUGUUUGUGCAAAAAUUUCUAAACUUUCAUGAUGGGGUGGGGAGGGAGGGAAAAAGACUUUCACGUAUGAGUUUCCUUGUGUUUUGUAUGAAAAGACCUGUAGAGAAAUACUCCUCGCUAACAUUGCCAGUCGUACACACAGCCCCUUCUAGAAAUGUUUCAGUGUUGCAGGAACUUUUUAAGGCAACUUUUUGAAGCUGUAUUUAUUGUGAAAAUUUGUGGUUUGCGUAAGAGUUAGCCCAGCAGGCUCUUGCGUUUAAAUCGGACAAGGUUUACAGAAGAGAUCCAUACACUAUAUACAUAAUCAUUCUUCAUCUAUUUAUUGCAAAUUCCAGAAUUUAACUAGGCACCGAAGCUUGAACUAGCAUGGAACCUUAUUUAAAUUGGUAAUACCUCAGAUGUAUUAUGUGUACAAUCAUAUUUUUUUGCAUAAUAUAUCUGUAUUUAUUUAUUUUCUACCUGUA